UAAAACGUACACGCCAUACAGGACACUAGAAAGUGGACAGCCCUCUGUUCUUGUUGGCCACAAUGGUGCUGCUACACGGAAACGACUACUGUGACAAGUUUUCAGCUGAAAUUUUCCUCAAGGAUUUCUGGGGAUCUCUUAGCGAUCUGAACAUAUUUUUAAUAUCCAAUGCAUACGUCUUCCUUAACAAUGAAAGACUGACCGGACAUCGACUCCUUGACUUUGGUUGCAGCCCAAAUCUGCUUGGAGAGAUCAUCGCACCAGAACGAUUCACGGACAUUGUCAUGGCUGACUUAUCACCUUCUAACCUUGACAUCAUUAGACGCUGGAUGGACGGUCAAAAGAUAAACUUCAAAUGGGACCAUAUGCUCAAGUUUGCAGCAGAGUCUUGCGUAAUGCAGAUGUGUCAGAGUGGACUGAAAAGAAAAAUUGCUCACCUAAAGACAUCCGUGAAGAAACUUGUUAAUUGUGACGCCAAAAAGGAACUGCCAUUAGGACCAGACUACGUUGAGGCAUUCGAUGUCGUAUUUACCAGUUUCUGUCUUGGUUCUGCUGCAAAAAGUGUCGCUGAAUACAAACAGUUCCUGAAAAAUGUGGCCUCCCUUCUUCCCUCUGGUGGUCAUCUUGUCAUGUGUGGUGCAUUGAACCAAAUGGCUUAUAUUGUUGAUAACAAAAGGUUCCACCAUCUGAAAUUAUCGAUGUCUGAUGUAAAAGAUGCCUUAUGCAAUGCACAAUUUGAGAUUCUAGAAUAUGAAUUUGAGUGUAUCACCUUGCCUGAAAGUGAGCCUCCUGAAUAUUCAGUCUUUGUUCUGUUGGCAAUAAAGGUUUAAAGGUUCAAUCUUUAGCCUUAUUUACUGAGGUCAAAUAGACCUACAGACACAGUUUUAAUAAAAUUGUCUUUCCUUAUACACCUACAUAUAUGUUGCAAAUAUAUUGUUUCCUUUAUACCACGUGAUCGAACAGUAAUUACAAUUUACCACUAGACUACGGCGACUUCUGUGUGCUGUAAUAUUUAUGACAACGCUGUAUGCUCUCCAGGUGGGUUCCAAGGCCUCUAUGAUUAUCAGUUCAGGCGCUUGUAUACGUCUUGACAUCGACCAAAUGAGACGAUCUAACUGUCGUGAAAUGUUGCGCCAUUCUUAACCAGAACUAUUUGCAACUGAUCUAGCGAUUCUGGAUGAACAAGGCGACUAUAAAGACGCCUAACAAGGAUGUCCCAGGCAUGUUCUAUGGGAUUCAAAUCAAGGGAACGUGCAGGCCAGUCUUCGUGAGUGAUAUUACUUGCCUGAAGAGCUGUUGGGUCAGGCGUUAUCGUCCAUGAAAAUGACAUCUGCUCUCCUUGUUUUUGGGAUAGAGGGAUGACUAUAUGUGUCAUGUUUUUAUCCCUUUACCUCACACAUUGCAUCCAUCCUAAUUAUGAUAACACAAACCAUAAGGCUGUCCCCACUAUGACAAUCGUGUUGAACAGUGGUUUAAUGUGCGAAGCAUUCUCUAACUUCGAUUCACACUCUUCGUCAUCGAUAGAGAAUUUUCAUUUAUUCGUAAAGAGAACUUGUUGUAACAAACCUGUGGAAAGGCUGCGUUAUUUAUUGCUGCCAGUUUUACAGAUGGUAGGCUGAAAUGUAUUACGUUAUUUAUGGCUGCCAGUAUUACAGAUGAUAAGUGGAAUGUAUUGCAGUUUGUGCAUGCUGCUUUCGCACAUGCUUUGUUCUGGUUGGACUGACAAGUUUCGGCCAAUGGGAGGCCGCUCUAUUGUAGUGAGGGAGUACAAAUAUAGCGAGCGACGGGUGGUCGGUGUCUUCCACUGGAAACAGGUAUUUAGGUGAUAUAUGUCGGGUAAUUGUUAGAUAGGUGUUAAGUUUAUUGAGGUUAUGGGUGGUUAUUUCUUAGUGUAGGAUUUGUGUGUUGUAUUACUUAUUUGACAUUGAACACUGUAAAUGUAUAAGUCACUAAGCACUACUGUGGAAUUUGGGUUCAGUAAAUAUUAAUAUCUCA